GGUGCUACUGUAAAAUGGGCACGUACCGCUGCUCCAGACUCCAUUAUAUAAACAUCCCUCUGCCUGUGACACCUUCAGUCCUGCAUCAUCCACCGCCUUCACUGGGGCUUGGCGAAGAAUCGAUCGAUGCAUCCACUGCAGUGAAAAAUCCAAAAUCAAUCCAUAGUUCUCUCAUUUGUCAGUCAAGAAAAUAUAUAGCCAUGCUCAAACACUCAACAACGACACAGUGUGCAGUUCGAUCUGGAGAAGAAACCAGCAGUCUAACAGUGUCAAAAGUUCACGGAAUACAGCUCCAUACAGAGGAAACAAAUCGGAACAAUUAGAGGAAAGCAUGAUCCAUUGGGACCUAAACAAUAAUGUCAGUGGUGAGAAUGAGUGACCGUAUACAGCUUGAAGAGAAAAAGAUAGUCAAGAGGAUAAGAAAGGGCCGGAAAAUAAAUAAAAUGAAGGAUCGGUAUUGAAGUAAUCUAUUAGAAGAAACAAGAAAGUCAAGGGGAGAAGAGGAAAUACAACCACACAAUGGAAACAAGGUCUUCAAAAGAAUUAGCAAGAACAGCACAGAUGAAGAGGAAAGACCACAUUCAGCUCAAGCAGGGCAGGAAGCGUGCAAGAACCGAUGGAACUGAAAGAACAGCAAGAGAUGAACCAACUCCCAUCAGCAAUAUGGACUUGAAAAACACCGUUACCUUGAACUUAGUUAAGCCAAAAUGCAUGUGCCAACAUUGCCAAGGACCCAAAGGAAUUUGCAAGAACAUCCAUAAUGAAGCGCGACGAACAGAAUCCAAUAUUCAACUAUUGCAACUCAAGGAAUCGUCAGUUAUAAACAGCACAAUGAUAUGCAACCAAAUGAUGAAAGCAAUACAAUCAAAAGAAUUAGCCAGAACAGCGAGAAUGAAGAGGAAAGAACAGAAUGCACUAAAGCGGAGCAGGAAAGGAACUAUAAUCAAUAAAAAUGAAAUAAGGAAAGAUGGCAUUUCAAGUGCUAGUAAAAUAUGGAACUUUGGGGGCCCAACAUGCAUGUGCCCACACUGCCAUGCGCUUAUGUGGCAUGGAGAAAAAAUACAAUCUACAAGAAGCAAACAGCCAUCCUUUUCUCGUCAAAGAAAAAACCAGCCAUCCUUUGGACUCUGCUGCAAGCAAGGGAAGGUCGCCUUGCCACCAUUAAAAGAACCGCCACAUUUCCUUUCAAGUUUAUUGGCAAGAGAUGGAGGAACAUCAGAAAACUACCAACAGAACAUUAGAUCAUACAAUUCCAUGUUUGCAUUUACAUCAAUGGGAGGAGCUGUUGACAGAAAAAUAAACAAAGGGCGUGGACCUUAUGUUUUCCGACUGAAUGGACAGAAUUACCAUCACAUAGGAACUCUUCUACCUAAAGGUAGCAACAAGCCUCGCUUCCAACAAUUGUACAUCUAUGACACAGAGAAUGAGAUCAAGAAUAGGAUAGAGGCAUCAAGAUCUGGCACGCGUAAUGCCUCAUUAGAUGAAAAAACUAUCGCCGGCCUACUAACAAUGCUUGAUGAGAACAACACACUAGCCCAGACAUUCCGAAUGGCAAGAGAAAGAUUCAAAGAAGAUGACUAUCACAAUUACACUCUGAGAUUACUUGAUAAUAGGGAUCAAGAUGGAAGGCAAAACAAUAUGCCAUCAACAUCAGAAGUUGCUAUGUUGAUAGUCAAAGAUCCAACUGAAAAAAGCUAUGGACGCGACAUUGUUCUUGAGUACAAAGAUAUGAGACCCAAAAGGAUAUCAGAAACCCAUCCAAAAUUCAUGGCCAUGCAAUACCCGUUGCUCUUCCCUUAUGGAGAAGAUGGCUAUAGACUUGGAAUAAAAUACAGCGGAAAGGAUGGUGUAAGGUACGACAAGAAAUGUGUCACUAUGCGUGAAUAUUAUGCAUAUCGCCUCCAACAGCGUCAAGACCAAUCAAUGUUACCACUAGCGUGUGGAAAUCUCUCCAUGCAGUUCAUGGUCGAUGCUUAUACAUGCAUAGAACAGUGUAGGCUCAGCUGGAUCAGGCAAAAUCAAGGAAUUCUAAGAACGGAACUUUAUGGUGGGCUACAGGAUGCACUUAGAACUGGAGACACAAGAACAGAGAAAUUAGGGAGGAGGAUAGUACUCCCAGCAAGUUUCACAGGAGGUCCUAGAAACAAAGAGCAAAACUACCAAGAUGCGAUGGCAAUAUGUCGUUGGGCUGGAAAUCCUGACUUGUUUGUAACAUUCACAUGUAAUCCAAAGUGGCCAGAAAUCCAGUGCAUGCUAGAAAAGGUUGGGCACCAGAAACCAUCAGAACGACCAGAUAUUGUAGUCCGAGUAUUCAUGAUAAAACUAAGGGAGCUAAUGUCAGAUAUUAAAAGGAAUCAACAUUUUGGAAAGACUAAAGCAAGUAAGUGAUGAGAAAACAAUACUCCUGAGUAUAGUUCAUUACUACAAGUAGUAACUGCUACUCCUAAAUGCUAACACAUGUAUUGAAUAAAAA